UGUGUUACUGUCACUGUCAAAUCAGCAAAAUACGUUCUGCGUGUAUUUAUAUUUCAUUUUCUUAUAAGUUUAACUUUAUUUUCUUAUUAAAAUCGUAAUCAAAUAUUUUCGAACAUGAUAACAGAAUAGUAGUUGUAUUUUCAUUCACCAAAAUCUAAGUUUUAUAAAUAUUGACAGUGUUAUCACAACCAGGAUCAGCUGUUUUUUGCACUAUAUUUUGGACUAUAAGGUAACCCUCAAUCGCCGCAAUGCUUGGUGGUAGCGUACUCUGGUUCCGCCACGGGUUGAGGCUGCAUGACAACCCCUCGCUGCACUCUGCGCUCGAAGACAAAGGGUUCCCGUUCUUUCCUAUCUUCAUCUUCGAUGGAGAAACUGCAGGUACAAAGCUGGUUGGCUACAACCGUAUGCGGUAUCUCCUGGAGGCUCUGGACGACCUGGACAACCAGUUCAAGAAACAUGGCGGCCGGCUCAUCAUGCUGAAAGGAAAGCCUAACGUCGUGUUUAGGAGACUUUGGGAGGAAUUCGGUAUUCGCAAGCUCUGCUUCGAGCAGGACUGCGAGCCGGUGUGGAGGGCUCGUGACGACAGCGUGAAGAAUGCCUGCAAGGAGAUCGGCGUGGUCUGCAAGGAACACGUCUCCCAUACCCUGUGGGAGCCUGACACCGUCAUCAAGGCCAAUGGAGGCAUCCCCCCUCUUACUUAUCAGAUGUUUUUGCAUACUGUAGCCACCAUUGGCGACCCUCCGCGUCCAGUCGGCGAGGUAGAUUUCACAGGAGUCAAGUUCGGCAGCCUGCCUGAAUCCUUUUACAAUGAGUUUACGGUCUUCGAUAAGACUCCAAAACCAGAGGAUUUAGGUGUAUUCCUAGAGAACGAGGAUAUCCGAAUGAUUCGCUGGGUGGGCGGGGAGACCACUGCUCUUAAGCAGAUGCAGCAGCGUCUGGCUGUGGAGUAUGAAACCUUCCUCAGGGGAUCGUACUUGCCUACACAUGGCAACCCGGACUUAUUGGGUCCACCCAUAUCUUUGAGCCCUGCGCUGCGGUUUGGAUGUCUCUCUGUCCGGAGCUUCUACUGGUCAGUACAGGACUUGUUCCGUCAGGUGCACCAAGGACGGCUCACCUCUAACUCUGCGUCCCAUUUCAUUACUGGUCAACUGAUUUGGCGUGAAUAUUUCUACACGAUGAGCGUGAACAACCCUAACUACGGCCAGAUGGCUGGCAACCCUAUCUGCUUGGAUAUUCCUUGGAAGACUCCGGCUGGAGAUGAGUUGCAGAGAUGGAUGGAAGGUCGCACCGGGUUCCCGUUCGUGGACGCGGCGAUGCGCCAGCUCCGUACGGAGGGCUGGUUGCACCACGCCGCGCGCAACACGGUCGCCUCCUUCCUCACGCGGGGCACGCUCUGGCUGUCCUGGGAACACGGGCUCAACCACUUCUUGAAGUAUCUGCUUGAUGCCGACUGGUCGGUGUGCGCCGGUAACUGGAUGUGGGUAUCAUCGUCAGCGUUCGAAGCGUUGCUGGACUCGGGCGAGUGCGCGUGCCCGGUGCGCCUGGGGCAGCGCCUCGACCCCAGCGGGGAGUACGUGCGCAGAUACGUGCCCGAACUGGCUCGCAUGCCCGUUGAAUACAUCUAUGAACCCUGGAAGGCUCCUAUCGACGUGCAGGAGCGCGCCUCCUGCAUCAUCGGCAAGGACUACCCAGACCCAGUAGUCAACCACCUUGUGGCCGCCCAGAGGAACAGGAAUGCUAUGAAGUGGUUGAGCCGCUCAGUUGCCGGCCGACUGCAGAAGGACAAGUGGUUCGAUAUAGUCGGGGAACUUCGUCAUAUUUUGCAAAAAGCUCCUCCACACUGCUGCCCCUCCUCAGAAGACGAGAUCCGACAGUUCAUGUGGCUCAACGAAUAAUGACAGACGGAAUUAGACUCUAUUUGUAUCGCCGUAAAGGUUAUUUUAGAUGAAUGUGGUAUCAAAGGUAAGAUUUUCUUUUAGUUAUUUUUUUACUACAGAAACUGCUAUUGUAAUCUUUGUUUGUCAGAUAAUAGGGUGCUUUUUUGUUUGUCACGCCAUAUUUCUUUCAUAAUUAGACUAAGUGAAUUAGAAUAUUUUAGUAGAUCUGUUUUACGUUCUAUGUAAGUACAAGAUGUAAUAGAAUAACUUUCUGGUUCGAGUCAAGCCAAUAACUGCUCUGUGUCUGUGACCAAAGGUUUGGAUAAGCAAAUCGUAAUAUUUUAAGCAAUGGGGGACUGGACAAGGAUAGCAGAUUUUUCUCAGAUUUCUUCAAUAUUUGGAAUUAAUUACAAUAACAUGUGGCGGAACCCUAUUUACGUAGACAGGAAACGCGAUCCUCGUUCACGUCACGAGUCGAGACGUAAAGCGUUACACCACAUGCAUGUCUUAAUAUCAUUAUUUAGAAUGUAUUCUCACAUACAUAAUGUCACGCCUAUCUUCCGUGGGGAUAGGCAGAGACACUGGGACGCCAUCAACCCUCAUCAGUCAAAUCUUGAUUUUGUUUUUAUAGUAGUAAAAUGUGUGACGUCAUUAAUAUGUAAACAAAAGAUAUAUAGUUUUUUGUGUUGCGUAAAUUAAACCAGCUAUCCGGUCCCCCAUGUAAAUGUAUUUGUGUUAAUUAAGUGUUAGUAUUAAACUAAAUAAAAUAAGGAUUAAACUAACGAAUAAUGAAAUAUCAAGAAAUUGGUAAAGUGAUAGAAUGAUGUGAUUAUUGUAACUCGGAGGUGUUGGUCGUUUAACCCCGAAAAUGCCGGGUUUGACAGGAAAUGUCCACGAAGAUGGUAAAUUAAUGAAAUAAUCGAUAGUUUGAUGUUUCUCUUGAUAUUUUUUAGUGUCAACUCAGUAUUGACCGCUUCUGUGUUACACAUGGAACAACUGCUACAGUGACUCUGGGAAGGAACCAUGACUUAAUAUGUUGUUUUUUAAAGAUUUUCUUUACAAAAUAUACGGUAUUGUUUUUGCUUAGUUCCUGAUUGGUUCUUAGUUACUUACUGUGCCAAAAAAGGAUGAAUGUUGAAAAGACAACUGUUUUUGUUUCGAAUUUAUUUCUGUUAAGUUUAUUUUAUUAUAUAUUUUAUGAUUAUAGUUAUAUUAUUAUACCUGAAGGUAUCUGUCCGUUUUAUAUUCCAGAUUUCUAUAUUAUGUAUAAUUAUGUUUAUACAAUCUAGUCUUAAGCCAAAAUUUUUGAUUGCAUUAAUUGUUUUUAUAUACUUUUACGUAUUACUACCAGUUGCAUAGACAUUAGUAGCAGUUCGUAAAAAUUGUGUAAUUGGGAAGUUUCCUCGGUCAAAAAUACAUAAUUUCGAUACUCUUUUCAAUACUCUAAAAUAUUUAAAAAAUAAUAAUCACUUUCAUGCAUAGAUAUUUUGAUUGGAUUUUUAUUUGAUAACGUCAUAACGCUCUAUCUUAUACAAAAUUCAUAGAAUUAAAAUAUAUUUUUUAACUUUUUUUGUCAAAAGUAUUGAAUUUGACAAGUAGGAAACUAACCUAUUCUAGUAUUAAUGUUUAUUAAACAGUAAUUAACUCGUUUACCAUUAUUUUAGAUGUCAAUGUAGUUUCUAAUUACUUUAAUUAAACUUUCGCAUUACAUUCUUGUGUUGCGUGACAAGAAACUCGAAACGUUGGCUGGUGAUAAAAAUGGAUGUUUUUUUUUAGUAAGUAUUGAAUAAUAUUUUUUUAAUAUUCCCAGUUUAAAAUUAAUUAGUUAUAGAAAGUAUAUCUGUGUGUAGUUUGAUGGCUGUGGACAAGUUCCCGUAUUUUUUUUUCUAUUGUCUUUAGUAUUAGGGACAGAAGCAUUUAUGUACUAGUUUAUGAUGGUAGGUUACUGCCUGUUAAAUUGGAUAAAAAGAAAUAAAAGUAAUGCUUUAUGUUAUUAAACAUACUUGAGGUAUUUUCAUGUGUUUGGAAAUAAUGUAAGAAUUGACGUUUUAAAUGUAAGGACUGAAAGAAAAGAUAUUAUGAAUCAAUUUAUAUGAAAUGUUAUACCUACAAAUAUAUUGUAUUUGAUAUCUUUUGGAGAAUUAACGACUUUCCUAACAAGCAGACAAUUCAAUCGAUUAUGAAUGCUACUCCAAAAUAAUAAGGUUGGAAUCACUAAACUGAUUACAUCUUUAUUGAAUUUUGUAUCUUAUAGUUAUUGGAAUAGAAGUGAAAAUCGAAGGUCAUAAUUCCAAAUAGCUUGUUAGAAUGUCUUAUUUCAUUGAAAUUGUUUAAAGGGUACUAUUCGUAUCAGGGUGUUUCAAAAUUAUAUACAUUUAUACAAUGACAUAUAAUAUUGUACUACAAGCAGUACAAAGAAGAACUAUUUUAUAAAACCAAAAUUAUAAUGCAUUUUUAAAAAGUGUUUUAUGUAUUUGAUAGGUUUAUGAAAUAAAUGGACUCGUAUUAACAA